UUGCUAAUCGCGUUACUCUACCAGCUUCGAGUCCUUAUUACUCCAUAAUUAGCACUAAGAUCGCGUACAUCUAGACCUCCCCUGAACCUUAUUGUUACAUAAUCCAAAUAACAUUAUAUGUACUGUUAUCGUUUACACUACUAUUACAUAAGUACAUUUAAUAUCGCGAUCUGCUUUUAAUCUUCUUAACCUUCAUUUUAGGAUUACAUAAAUAAAAUACAGACAGAAACCCAACAGAGUGUACUAUAAAAGACAGAUUUAGCAAAUCAUUAAACCAUAAUCAAAGGGAAGGAAGCUGAUAACAAAACCAAAAAGGAGGGAACCUGAAUUAUUAUAAAUAAAAAUUAAAUAACUAUACAUAAAUAAAUAAGUACAGUAAAUAUAAAUGAAUUAAAAGGCCCAAAUACCAAUAGACAAACAAAACCUUGAAGAAAAGAAUAGAAUCUGAAGGUAAAAUAAUAACCCAAAAAAACAUUCCCUCAAAUCUGAACACGCUUAUACACUUAUUUGAAACCCAAAGUCCAGAAAAACAGGAACUCAUAAAUAAUUAAACAAAAACAAAACACCACUACUAGAAUUAUUACCACCCAAAUACACUUAUUCCUAAAAAGAAAAUAUUGUGUGCUUUAUUUUUUUCUCCCCGCUAUCAACGGCAAUCUUGUCUAACCUUACAAAAAAGAGGGCAUCAUAAGUUCAUUACAAUGAAGUGAUGAGCUCACCACCACCACCACCUCAAACUACGAAUGACCCUCAGGGAGCAAAUGUCAUCGAGCAAAGACUCGUACGAAGAUUAAUCGUCGAGGUGAUCGAUGCUCGAGACUUGCUCCCUAAGGAUGGUCAAGGGAGUUCAAGCCCAUAUGUGGUGGUCGAUUUUGAUGGGCAACGAAAGAGGACUACUACCAAGUACCGGGACCUUAACCCGACUUGGAAUGAGCCCUUGGACUUCAUUGUUUCGGACCCGAAUACGAUGGAUUUCGAGGAGCUUAAUGCUGAGGUGUAUCAUGAUAAGCGUAUGUCGCCUUCGGGUGCAGGUAGGAAGAGUCAUUUCCUAGGGAGGGUGAAGUUGUAUGGGUCACAAUUUUCUAGGCGUGGUGAUGAAGGGUUAGUGUAUUUUCCUUUGGAAAAGAAGAGUGUGUUUAGUUGGAUUAAAGGGGAGCUUGGGUUGAGAAUUUAUUACUUUGAUGAUGUUAUUGAGGUACCUCCUCCGCAGCAAGGCGAAUGCGGAGGAGGUGGGGGUGGAGGUGGACCUCCCCCUCCUGAGAUGGCGGAGGUCCAACCCGAACAAAGAAGGGAAGAAGUAGAGCAAGGCAGAGCGGUUGAGGUUGUUCAACCAAUGCCAACCGAAGCCGCAAUGGAAGCUUCUGGAAAUGGUCCUUACCCUCAAGGUCAUGGUCCUCCACCUCAAGGGAUGGUUGUGGAAGAAGGUCAUGGUCCUCAAGGUGGUGCGACAACCGAAACGAUUGUCCACCACCAUCAUGACGGAUACCCGCCACCACAACAAGAACAAUACCACCCACACCACCACCAUCCUACGCCGGAAAUGCAAGGUCCUCCACCUGAGAUUAUUAGACGAAUGGCAGCGGCUCAUAAACGAGCCGCUCCCGGUGAGUUUGCUCCUAGAGUAAUAUCAGGUAAAUUUGUUCCUGAAACAGAGAAGAUAUCAGCAUUCGACUUAGUUGAGCCAAUGCAAUACCUCUUUGUUCGAAUCGUAAAGGCUCGUGGGUUAACACCUAAUGAGAAUCCAUAUAUCAAGAUACGCACAAACUCAACUCAACCACCACUGCGUACAAAACCUGCUACCUAUCGCCCGGGUGAACCACCCGAGAACCCGGAAUGGCAGGAGGUUUUUGCAAUCUCCUCUCCCUCACCCUCCGUUGCCGGGACCCUCGAAAUCUCGAUAUGGGACUCGGCAACGGAGAGAUUCUUAGGAGGGGUCUGUUUCGACCUCUCAGACGUGCCAGUGCGGGACCCGCCUGAUAGUCCGCUAGCCCCGCAAUGGUAUCGUCUAGAGGGAGGGGAGGGCAUUUCAGGGGACGUGCAGCUUGCGGUCUGGUUAGGGACCCAAGCUGACGACGCGUUCCCUGAAGCGUGGACAUCCGAUGCACCUCCGCAGCAGCCAAGUGUUUCCUACACUCGUGCUAAGGUGUACCAAUCCCCGAAGCUAUGGUACCUCCGGGUGACUGUGAUCGAGGCUCAAGACCUUCACAUUCCGCCGAACCUCCCUCCAUUGACGGCACCCGAGAUUCGGGUUAAAGCGCAAUUGGGGUUUCAAUCGUUGCGAACGAGACGUGGGUCAAUGAGUGCACACGGUGGAGCCGCGGUGCAUUUUAAUGAGGACUUGAUUUUAAUUGCAGGGGAGCCUUUGGAGGAGCAGUUGAUUUUGUUAGUUGAAAAUAGGACUAGUAAGGAUCCUAUGCUUUUAGGCCACGCUAUUAUUCCUGUGGGGUCAAUCGAGCAGCGAAUCGAUGAGCGACACGUGGCUGCAAAAUGGGUUAAUUUGGAGGGUGGUAGUGGGGGUGGUGGUGGAGGUGGUGAUGGGCCCUAUUGUGGGAGGGUUUUAUUGAGGUUAUGUUUAGAAGGUGGGUAUCACGUGCUUGAUGAGGCUGCUCACGUGUGUAGCGAUUACCGCCCGACGGCGAAGCAGUUGUGGAAGCCUCCUAUUGGUGUUUUAGAGCUUGGUGUUCUUGGGGCACGUGGGUUACUACCGAUGAAGACUAAGGGUCCGGGUAAGGGGUCUACUGAUGCUUAUUGUGUGGCUAAGUAUGGUAAGAAAUGGGUUCGGACCCGGACGGUUACGGAUAGUUUUGAUCCGAGGUGGAACGAGCAGUACACGUGGCAGGUUUAUGACCCGUGUACCGUGUUAACGAUCGGAGUAUUUGAUAAUUGGCGGAUGUUUACUGACCCGGGGGAGGAGAAGCCGGACUAUCGGAUUGGUAAGGUUCGUAUUCGGGUGUCUACAUUGGAGAGUAACAAGGUGUAUACUAAUUCUUAUCCUCUUUUGGUGUUGCUACGAACCGGGCUUAAGAAAAUGGGUGAGAUUGAAUUGGCGGUUCGAUUCGUUUGCCCGUCUUUGUUGCCGGAUACGUGUGGUAUCUAUGGGCAGCCUCUUCUUCCGCGGAUGCAUUAUCUACGACCACUUGGGGUGGCUCAGCAAGAGGCUCUUCGCGGGGCUGCUACUAAGAUGGUAGCAGCUUGGCUAGCCCGUUCCGAGCCACCACUUGGGCCUGAAGUAGUCAGGUACAUGCUAGAUGCAGACUCACAUACUUGGAGCAUGAGGAAAAGCAAAGCUAAUUGGUUUCGGAUCGUAGCCGUACUCGCUUGGGCAAUCGGGUUAGCCAAGUGGUUAAACCAUAUUAGAAGAUGGAGGAACCCAUUAACCACGAUAUUGGUUCACAUUCUUUAUUUGGUCCUAGUUUGGUAUCCUGACUUAAUAGUCCCAACCGGAUUCCUCUAUGUUUUCCUAAUUGGAAUAUGGUAUUACCGGUUUCGACCCAAAAUACCCGCGGGUAUGGAUACCCGAUUAUCUCAAGCGGAAACCGUUGACCCAGAUGACCUCGAUGAAGAAUUUGACACGGUCCCAAGUUCAACCCCACCAGACUUGAUCCGUGUUCGAUAUGAUCGGUUGCGGAUCUUGGCAGCCCGGGUUCAAACCGUGCUGGGGGAUUUAGCGACCCAAGGCGAGCGAGUCCAAGCAUUAGUAAGUUGGCGUGACCCGAGGGCUACAAAACUAUUUAUAGGGGUAUGUUUUAUGAUAACAAUAACAUUAUAUGCAGUACCCCCAAAAAUGGUUGCCGUAGCACUUGGGUUUUAUUUUUUGAGGCAUCCCAUGUUUAGAGAACCAAUGCCUUCAACUAGUCUAAACUUCUUUAGAAGGCUACCAAGUUUGUCUGAUCGAUUAAUCUAGACAUUUAUUAACAUUUUUUCUCACUUUUUUCCAAAUCUUUUGCUUAGAAAAAUAUUUAUAACUAUAGAAAAAUGCAAUUUAUUUUGAUUUAUAGGGAAAAAAAGGAGACUUUUUGAGGGGGAAAAUAAAAAGUAUGUGGGUUUGAAAAGGGUUUGGGUCUCCAAAUAAUAUAGGGUACUAAAUGUACAUUGGGAGAGGAGAAAGUGGGUUGAAAAAACGGGUCAAAAAAAGGACUUUUGUUUGUUUGGGGAUUGAAAUUGAUUGCCUGACAAAAGGAUUGAAAUUAGGAGAUGAAGAACAAAAAAGUGGGGGCAAAUUUUUGGAUGCCAGGGAGAUUGGUGUUGUAUUGUCUCUAUAGUAUGAAUAUAGAGAUUUAAUAUUUUAAUUGUACUUAUUACUUUAUAGUUUCCACUAACAUUUGAAUGUAUUAAUUACUACUAGGAGUAAAAGAUUUGUAUGAGUAUCAUUUAUGAAGGCGUUCGGGCUUAUAAUGUUGUGAAUGUUUUCUUGUA